GCCAUUUGACAAGUAGGCCGGCGGAGAGGCAGAAGCUUCUGGUCUCUGCACUGCGCCCCGCGAGAGAAGGCCCAUGGACAAGUUUCCGUGGGUGCUGAACUUGCACUUCAAGCACCGCAAGGGGCUGGGCGUGGGCCUGGUGACCCUGCUGACCGUGGGUGGGGAGCGCAUAUUCUCCGCCACUGUGUUCCAGUGCCCCUGCACCGCCGCCUGGAACCUGAGCUACAGCCUGGCCUUCAUGCUGGUGCCGGCGCUGGCGCUCCUGCUCCUGGGCUUCCUCCUGAACGCGCGCCUCUGGUUCAUGCUGACCGGAUGCUGCCGGUCAGAAGUCAGCUCCAUAAGCGCCUCGAAGCUCCACGUCGUCCGUGAGUGUUUGGAAGUCACAGCGGCCGCCCUGCUCACGCCCCUGGUCUGGGUGGCGGUGGCGCUGCUCGGGGGCGCCUUCUACGAGUGCGGGGCCAGCGGGAUCGCGGCCCUGGCGGGGCACCUGUGCUCCGGCCGCCACCAGAACUGCACAACCCAGCUGCCGCUGGUGCCCUGCGGCAAAGCCACCGAGCCCGACGUGCAGGACCUGCUGAAGGAGCUCAAGGCGCAGUCGCAGGUGCUAGGCUGGAUCCUGAUAGCAGUUGUUAUCACCAUAUUUAUGAUUUUCACCUGUAUUUUCCGAUGCCUAUCUCCAGUUAGUUUUCCGCAGUGGAAAUUCUGGAAAAUCUAUAGGGAAGAGGAGCAGAAGGUCCUUAAAAGUCAAACCACCGAGCAUGCAACUGAAUUGGCAAAAGAGAAUGUUAAAUGUUUCUUUGCGUCCUCGCGAUCAGAAGGGUACAAAAUGCCAAGCAGUGAAGAAUGGCAGAAAAUCUCAUCGAUAUAUACUUGCAACCCAAAGAAAUCGUACUACAGCAUAUUGCACAAAUAUGUUAACAGAAAAGAAAGGAAUGACAGUAUCUCAUCUUCUGGUGAAGAUGCAGUGAGUCCCAGCCAUCGAUUUGUAGAUUCAUCAGUAUGAACAGCAGCCCUGAAUUAUGACCUUAUGAAUGAAUAGAAAAAAAAAAUUGUUUUGAGUUAAUCUUUCA